AUGAGUUUUGGGAUGCCAGGUUCAUAUAAUGAUCUCAACGUGCUAUAUCGAUCACCUCUUUUAGUUGACUUGUUUGAAGGAAGGGCACCAUCUGUCAAUUUCACGGUGAAUGGAAAUCAAUACGGCAUGGCUUACUAUCUCACUGAUGGCAUUUAUCCUAAAUGGGCUACUUUUAUUCAGUCUAUUACCGAACCGCAAACAGCAAAAGCAAGGUUAUUUGCCCAACAUCAAGAAGCAGCAAGAAAGGAUGUGGAGCGAGCAUUUGGGGUGUUGCAAGCUCGAUUUGCAAUAAUUAGAAAGCCCUCACUUGCUUGGGAUGAAGGACGACUCUCUGAUAUAAUUAAUUCUUGUAUAAUUAUGCAUAAUAUGAUAGUGGAAGAUGAAAGAGAUACAUAUACACACUAUGCUGAUGGUAGAGAGUUCAUGGGAGAUCGCCCAAAAGGUCAAUCGAAAGGUACAAGUGGAUUAAAUGAUGACUUUGAGUAUUACACAGAUAGAAUUGUUGAUAUCAACCGAUACUUGACAAAUAAGGAUGAUGUUGAAGAUCGACAAACACAUUUAUCCUUAAAAGAUGACUUAGUUGAAAAUAUCUGA